CUCAUUCUCAGUCUGUCAUCAAUGGACACUGCAAACUUGCGUGCUCGCAUUGCACGCCUAAAUGAUCAAAUUAACGCGCAGGAGAGACUGCUAGACCAACUGAAAAUGUCUCGAGAUGCACUACUCUCCGAGCUGGAAUGUACUGCAACAUACCCGGUUCUCACCCUCCCCCCCGAAAUCGUCUCCGAGAUCUUCUUCCACUGCCUUUCGCAACCAAACUUUAUUUCUCAGGAUGAAGCUCCGCUUGUGCUGCUCAAAAUAUGCAAGAAAUGGACACAGAUUGCGAAGUCCACGCCGUCGCUGUGGCAAACAUUGUACAUCGACAGCGAGAGAUGGGAAGGCUCCAAGAACAUGAAGCGCUUGUUGAGCACGAUGGAAACGUGGUGUGACGCGGCUGCCCGCCAAGCUCAUAUGCCACUCACCAUGCUUGUCCACGGUCCAACAGAUAUGGACUUCUCGCCAUUUAUCGGAAUGCUGAAAGCAUUGGCGCCGCGAAUUGUCUCGCUCGAUAUGUGCAUUUGGCAAGAUUCGAUUCCCUUGUUCAAGGGCCAUGCAUUGCAGUUGGAACGCUUGCGCGAGCUACACUUUGAGCUCUUAGAUUUGAGCCACCCAAUGGUCGACUUCGGCAUUCUAGAGGACACCAUUCCCGAUAUGUUUGCUGCCCCCGACUCGUUGUCCAAAGUUGUACUCCGGGAAUCCACAUCCAUGUCGGCGCUCACGCUUCCGUGGAAACAACUGACAGAGUUCCGAUGUGAAUCAUACACAACAACUCAGGUGCUUCAGGCAUUGCGUCUCCUUCCAAAUUUGAUCCGGUUAGAUGCGACUCUUUCUGAUGGUCCCGAAGAAGAAAGCGAGCUGGCUUCGCAUUGUCAUCCAAAUCUUCAACAUCUCUGCGUAGCUAUGGUGGAACUUGACGAUACCAGUGUGGUGACACGGCGAAGGCCAUUCAUCGACCUGCUUACCCUGCCCAAAUUGCAGAGUCUCGAGAUGCCCUUCGUCGGCGAUGCGACACUCAAGGCCUUUUUUCGACGUUCUGAGUGUCCUCGUCUCAAGAAGCUUCAGUAUAGAGCGAGCGAUCACGAUCAUCUCGAUGUCUUUGACUCGGUCGAGUUCACACACGAGGUUAAUGAGCUGCACUUGCAAUAUCCGUCGGGGCCACUGCUUCGUUUAUUUGCAUACUGGAUGGCUUGCAGAGAGGAUUUUUUCCCUGCUCUCGAAAAGCUGACAAUUGAAUGCCGAGAUUUUUCGCCACAAGAACAACACAUCAACGAUAAGGAAUGCACACUGGGAACCCUUCUUUUCCACGGAGAAAUUGUCAUUCAAGGUCGUAAUAAUGACCGUCCCGAAUUAUUCAAGAAUCUUGCCAAAAUCAAAGUCGCCCGUCUUUUUCUUGUUUAUCCAUCUCCUAAUUGGAUGACACCGGAAGUUCCGGAAGAGCGUCUAGCACCCUACAGAAGGUUUCAGCAUCAAGGAAUAGAUAUUUUCAUUGGCACAGAGGAUUCGAGUUUAUCUUUGUUGUCGUAG